AUGAACGAAUGCAGCUUCUCCACGCUCUCAGAGGCUGAAAAUUUGAACAAAAGGGAUGCAUUCGACCUGGAAGUGAAUGUCUUGGCGCAGAAUCUGCUCGAACACUUGUGGCUAGCAUGUAACGAAUUAGACGGAGUAUUCCUACAAUUUUUUGUCGUAGUUAGCGAAGACGCGGUCGCUGCCACUCUCAAAAGUCCGCACCAAUCCAUAGACGAAGUGGAGCGCAAGACCAAUAGAGCUAAAGAUGAACACGCGCAGAAAGGGAAGACGCUACGAUGCACUGGUAUCGGUGCGGUUGCCGGUGGGGUACUCGUCGGCGUCACAGGCGGGCUGGCAGCGCCUCUGGUGGACGCAAACAUCUCCACCAUCUUCGCCUGGCUCGGCGUCGGCGGCACCGCAGCGGGUUUGCUCGCCAGCGGGCUUGCCAGUUCGUCAGUAGUCUGCGGAGCACUCUUUGGUGCCUACGGCUCAAAGAGAUCGGCAGAGGUCGUCAGUCGGUACACGAGAGAAGUGGAAGACGUGGCGAUUGUGCCCGUUCGACAGCCAAAGCAGACUCUAGCUGUGAGAUUGUGUGUCAGCGGUUGGCUGAACUCUCCGGAGGACGUGGUCACUCCGUGGACCGUGUUCAGUGGGGAUGACACGUUCUCGCUACAAUGGAGGCGUUGCAGAGGCUCUCCGAUGUGCUUACGGCUCUCAUUAAAGCCCAGGCUAUGCAGUAUGUGA